ACGCGUUAUCUGCUGGGCCAGCCAGGGGCUUUCACUGGCGCGGGGUCCUUCGGCCUCCCUGCCAUGGCGUCGGAGAGGCCGUGGGGACCUGAAGGCACGGGCAGUGUCAAGUUAUCAGCAGAUGUGAAACCAUUUGUCCCUAAGUGUGCAAGGCUCAACGUGGCAUGGACAGAGUCUUCAGAAGCAUGUGUCUUCCCUGGCUGCACUGCCACCUAUUAUCCACUUGUACAGGAACCACCAAUGACUGAACAAAAAGUAUAUACAGAAGACAUGGCCUUUAGAACUUCAGCAUUUCCACCACAGUAUUUAUCUUCAGAGAUCACUCUCCAUCCGUACGCCUAUUCUUCGUAUACUCUUGAGUCUACACAGAAUGUGUGCUCAAUGCCCGCCUCACGGUAUGGUUACAGCCAACCCAGUCAUUACCAAGGUUUUCAGACCAUGAAGCCCCAAAAUGAACACGUGUGCGCUCUUCCACAAGAAUUGAAAGCUCCAUUUAAGAAAAAAACCUGUGAUGAGAAAAAAACAUACAGUGAGCAAAAGUUUAAAAGGACUGAUGGUACAAUAUCAUCUGAGGUAAAGUCAGCUAGAGGUUUCUACCAUUUGUCCACUCAUGCUGAGAACAGAUUGAAGCCAGAUGUUUACCAUAAGCGAACAGACGGGAAAUCCAGAACCACUGAAAAAAGUCCGUCUACCUCUACAUCUGAGUUUGAAUUUAGCAGGUUGGAUUUUCCUGAAUUGCAGGGUCCAGAAAACAGUAUGUCAGGGAUACAGAAGCAGUGCAGAUGGGAACCUCUCCAAUCCACCUCCACCAUUUCUCCUGUAGAAGUAGGAAAACCAGUUGGAGUGAUGUCAGAGAUAGUGAUGAAAAAUAACCCAAAUGAAUAUGUUGAUAAUGCUGCUUCCAGUUCCCCAUCAUGUACAAGAGAGUUAUCUUGGACACCAAUGGGAUAUAUUGUUCGGCAGACAUCUUUAGAACCUUCACCUGCUCCUAAAAAUGUUACUUCUGUAAUAAACCUAAAGAGGGUUGUUUCAUCAGCAGAUCCUAAAAGUGUUAGUGUGUCAUCUUCUGAAGUUUUGUCUUCAGAUCCUUCCUACAACAAAGAGAAACAUGUCCACCCUACUAAAAAGUCCCAAGCAUCACAAGGUGGUGACCUGAAACAAAAUGAAGCCUCAAGAAAGAAUAAGAAAAAGAAAGAAAAGUCCAAAUCAAAAUAUGAAGUCCUGACAGUUCAAGAGCCACCCAGACUUGAAGAUGCCGAGGAGUUUCCCAAUCUGGCAGUUGCAUCUGAAAGAAGAGACAGAGUAGAGUCACCGAAAUUUCAAUCUAAACUGCAGCCACAGAAUAAUUUUAAAAAUAGUGGAAAGAAAAGCCAGAUUCCAGUGCAGUUGGAUUUGGGAGGCAUGCUGGCAGCACUGGAGAAGAAGCAGCAUGCCCAGCAGGCCAAGCAGUCCUCCAGACCAGUUGUGUUCUCAGUUGGAGCAGUGCCCGUCCUUUCCAAAGAAGCCAGCUCCGGGGAGAGGGGCCACCGCUUCAGUCAGGUGAAGACUCCACACAACCCCUUGGACUCCAGCGCCCCGCUGAUAAAGAAGGGGAAGCAGAGGGAGGUCCCCAAGGCCAAGAAGCCCACCUCACUGAAGAAGAUUAUUUUGAAAGAACGGGAAGAGAGAAAGCAGCAGAGACUCCGAGAGAAUACUCUGAGCCCAGCUAUGGCCAGUGAUGAGGCACAGGAUGCAGAGAGCGGUGCUGAGGAGCAGGCCGGCAACCAGGCUGGCCCCACAGUUUCAGGGGGAGCAGAAGAAUUGGCCUCCUCCACUCCUGAGGUUGAAGCCCAAUCAGAAGAGCCACUUGAUGCAGAGCUCCAGAAGGAUGCUGAGGCCUGCCAGCCUGCAUUGGACCACGAUAGUUUACCCAAGAUUCACAGCCGCAGAUUCCGGGAUUACUGCAGCCAGAUGCUCAGUAAAGAAGUGGAUGCCUGUGUCACGGACCUACUCAAGGAACUGGUCCGUUUUCAAGACCGUAUGUACCAAAAGGAUCCAGUCAAAGCUAAGACCAAACGCCGGCUUGUGCUGGGGCUAAGGGAAGUUCUCAAACAUCUCAAGCUCAAGAAGCUGAAAUGUGUCAUCAUUUCUCCCAACUGUGAGAAGAUACAGUCGAAAGGUGGGCUGGACGAUACUCUGCACACUAUCAUCGAUUGCGCCUGUGCGCAGAACAUUCCCUUUGUGUUUGCUCUCAAUCGAAAGGCUCUGGGGCGCAGUUUGAACAAAACAGUUCCUGUCAGCGUUGUGGGGAUCUUCAGCUACGAUGGGGCACAGGACCAAUUCCACAAGAUGGUUGAACUGACCAUGGCAGCCCGGCAGGCAUACAAGACCAUGCUGGAGAAUGUGCGACGGGAGCUGGCAGGAGAGCCCACGCCUCAGACGCCUCCCAGCCCACCCUCAGAGGGCCCCAGCAGCUCUGCCAAGAACAGCCCCUUGGCCCCCUCCAGAGAAGAGCCCCACUACCUUGAAAUCUGGAGAAAGCAUCUGGAAGUGUACAAUCGCUGUGCCCUGGAGCUGGAAGAAUCCUUGGAAGCCUCAGCCUCUCAGAUGACAAAGUUGAAUUUAUAAGGAGAGAGUUCUUUCCUGUGUGUCUGUGUAUUGUGGGUAAGGAGGGGAAGGCUUAAAAAGACUUUGGGGCUUUUUCUUCUCAGGUUUUCACUGGCCUAAUGUAUUUUGUAUGACUGUUGAAUUUGGAAACUAACCGACACAAAAGGCACAUGAAGUGUUGGAUUCCAUCUGACCGGCAGGCAGAGCCACCAGCAGAAACCUUUCCUAGAAGCCUGCUGGUAGGGCUUUGGCUCUGAGCACAUCGUGGGUCUGGAGGACACUGGAAGAUGUGAUACUUGGGCACUUCGGCUGCUAAGGAGGCUUCCCCCUCACUGUACACAAGUGAACCAAGGGAGUCCAGGCAGGCAGGCAGGCAGGUGGUUCCUCCUGCAGGGGCUGCAGCAGGGGCACGAGAGGAGCUGUGCCUCUCCAGGGAUGCUGAGGUUGGCACAGUGGGCAGUGGGGAAGGGGCCGUUCUCAGGGGACACAGCUCUUCAGCUUAACGAUGGGGAGGAUUUGCUAAAAUGAGCCUCAGAAGGAACAUGGUUUUCUAACCUGAAACUUCCUUUUAGUCUGUAUUUCCAAAGAAAAUAUGUGUAUUGAAGUUCUAGAUUUGUUUAUUAAUCUACAGAUCUUUCUUUUUUAAAUGAACAUAUUCUGAAUGUGAUUUCUGUCAUAGAGGCCAGGGGGCAGAGCUUACUUUCAUAUUUUCCCUGUAAGAAAAAGGGCCUAUUUAUUUUGAAUAAAGAGUGAUUAUUUAA